CUUCCGACGCAUGUGUACGUCGGGAAUUAGCUAACGCUUCCCAAGAUGGCGCGUGUGCUGAAGGCGGCGACCGCGAGCGCCGUAGUCACCACUUCUCUGAGUGGCCCUGGAGGCGAGGGCACCCGGCUAAGGGGCAGCAAGGCUGGACCAGAAGCAAAUGCAGUAAAUGGCAGAGGGACAGUGAGGUUGUGUUUACCGCGCCCCGUGAGAGACGGGGGAGAAACCAGAGGAAGGACAAGUCCUGUGAAAACGCAGGCUGAAGCUCUGGGCUCGGCCAGCAUCCUGCUGAGAACGCUGGAAGGGCUUUUUCCCAGACUUCAAACUCCAGUUCCAACAGUAAGAACUUUUUCCAUGUCCCUGUCCUCGCAUCAAGUGGCUGGUCCUGUAUGGAACCUUGGUCGACUCAAUCAUGUCGCAGUAGCAGUGCCAGACUUGGAAAAGGCCAAGGCAUUUUAUAAGAACGUUCUCGGGGCCCAGGUAGGUGAGACGGUCCCUCUUCCUGAGCAUGGAGUAUCCGUUGUUUUUGUCAACCUGGGAAAUACCAAGAUGGAGCUGCUUCAUCCACUGGGAAAUGACAGUCCAAUUGCAGGUUUUCUGCAAAAAAACAAGGCUGGAGGAAUGCAUCACAUCUGCAUUGAGGUGGAUAAUAUAAAUGCAGCUGUGAUGGAUUUGAAAGAAAAGAAGAUUCGUAUUCUAAGUGAAGAGGCCAAAAUAGGAGCACAUGGAAAACCUGUGAUUUUUCUCCAUCCUAAAGACUGUGGUGGAGUCCUUGUGGAAUUGGAGCAAGUGUGACUUACAUUCUCAAGAAACUAAAUUAAUUGCCCUGAAAAAGCCUUAUCAAAAUGUGCUUUGGCAUUGAGUUCUUCACUGCUUCCAUCACUUAAAAGUUAAAUCUAAUCACAGAGAGAGAUUUUUAAAAAUUAUAUGUGUGUGUAUAUAUAUAUACACACAUAAAAUAUUUGCUAAUUACUUUGGUUUUUUUCCCU